AUGCCUCCCACUAACCGGCGGCAACGAGGGCAUGUUCCACCUGAAGAACGUCAAUGUGAUAACAUUCAAGCACCAUCUCCGUCCCCAGCCCCUUCUUCUGAGCCAGAAGAUGCUCGCCCUGUGCUCAUCCCAUACCAGACAGAACCCGACACAAUGGGACUUUAUCGCGUAUGGGGAGAGCGGUACCUUCGGGCAUUCAUCCAGGACUUCCUUCACCAGAAAUUACCUCCAACCAGCUUUUUGAAGCAUUUACGAACCCUUCGGCAGGGUAUUUUGAUGGCAUGGCAGUAUACUGGAAUGAAUGAGAAGUCCGGUGCUGAGUGGGAUUGCCUUGUGCAUUUCCUUAAGGACCCUCUUUUACGACUGGAAGACCUGGGCAGCUUGAAUCACACCCGUGAACUCAAACGAUUGGACGAAUACCUCAAGAAUAAAGCUAACCCUUUUCGAGAAGAGUAUGGAUGGCGCCAAUCUACUGUCAAGAUCCGCUUGCCAAAAGAAAAAGAGAAGUUCAAAUCAGAAAACGACGUGCCAGAGCUCGAGAUUCCGGGUGUCUCGAAGACCUUUAAUAUGACGCCAUUCCAACAAUACUGGAAAACCCCUGAUAACCGUGAUAUUAAAGUUUUUUCUGAGUCUUAUUCCUCCCCUGCCAUGCUCGAAGCUUAUGCAGAAAUCAACGCCCUCCCGCAUGAGCCUGGAGACAAGCUUGAGCAUGUUGUUGCCUUGGUCAUGGUUUGGUCGGAUGCAACCCACCUGGCUAACUUUGGAGACGUGUCUCUCUGGCCAUUUUACGUGUAUUUUGGUAACCAGUCCAAGUACACACGAGGAAAGCCAACGGCUCGGGCGUGCCAUCAUUUGGCAUACAUCCCUACGCUUCCUAAGAAUAUACAGGAGAUCUAUAUGGAUAUAUUUGACAAGCCAACAACAGCCAGCAUGCAUACUCACCUCAAAUGA